AUUUACGACAGUUCUACAAACACACAGCCGUUGCUCUCUACGGCAGCACGUGUCAGUGUCCAGCAGCAGUCCGGAGACUAACCAUCAUUCUGUGUUUGACCUGCUCAGGAAAUGCGCAUUGGGCUGCCCAGUGCAGAGUCACUGCGAGGUGGAUCCUUUAAAGCUUUAGCUUUGACGUCGCUCCUGAGUGUGUUUAUGUUCCAGCUGCUGAGGACUGUUGGACUGAGGGCGUUCUCCAUGGCGUCUGAGACGUACAUGUCAGGCACACACUCUGCAGCUUUUGUCACCUGUCCUAACGACACCGUAGCUAAAGAUUUGGCCAGGGGGAUUGUGGAAAGGAAACUCGCUGCUUGUGUCAACAUUGUCCCGGCGAUCAAAUCGAUAUACGAAUGGCAGGGGAAGAUUGAGGAGGACAACGAGGUGCUGCUGAUGAUAAAGACGAGAAGUUCCAAGGUGCCCGCUCUGGCUGAGUACGUCCGCUCCAACCAUCCCUAUGAAGUGGCCGAAGUCAUCAGCCUGCCGAUCGACCAGGGCAACCCGCCUUACCUCAAGUGGAUUGGAGAAGUCGUUCCUGAAUGAGCGCAGGCUGAAGGAUGAGGGGAAGAAUUGAUGGAUUGUAAAAUUGAAUCUGAAACCAUGUGAAACACACAUCCAGUGCUUCAACAGGUUAGACACACUGACAGCCAACAUCCCAAUCUGUUAUGGUGCCAUCACGUUAUUUUCUUUAAAAGCACAUCAGGUGUUUUGAAAUGAACUAAACUGAUGCUUUCAAAAAUAAAAGCAAUGAUUUGACGGUUUCUUUACCACUAGGGGGCAGCCGUGGUCGCACAACAAACUGCUUCAGCUUUUCUGGGUUUAAACUGAAAAUGUUUAAAGUGAACCCACAUUUGUUAAAUGUUAUUUCAGUAGCAUUUGAAAAUAAAGCA